AGUCUUCCUCAGAGCUUCGCCUAUGCCAUCGCGGGAGUUCUCCCACCGUCAGCUCUUCCAUCUCCUCCAUCGCCGCUGCAAGAGCCUCCGCCACCUCAAGGCCAUCCAUGCCCAUGCCACCGUCCACGGCCUUACCUCUCUGUAUCCCUCCCCCAUCCUCGCCAAGCUCAUCUACACGCUCACCCUCCUCCUCCCCACCGCCAUCAACCACCGUGCCUCCCUCCCUGCCGCAGCAACCGCCUCUGCCGGAUACGCCCUCUCCCUCUUCCACGCCAUCCCCUUCCCAUCCGCCUUCCCCUACAACCUCCUCAUGCGUGUCCACACCCUUCUCUCCUCCCCUCUCUCCGCUCUCCUCCUCUUCGCCUGCAUGCGCCGCUCCGCGGUGCCCCCCGACUUCCACACCUUUCCCUUCGCCCUCAAGGCAUGCACCCGCCUCCGCCACCCUGCCCUCGCCCGCGCCUUCCAUUGCCAAGCGAUCGUAUUCGGCUUCGCCGACGACCUCUACGUCCGUAACACUUUGAUCAGCACCUAUUCUUCUUGCUACUCGAUAACCGAAGCAAGGACUAUCUUCGACGAGUGCCCCUCGCUUCGUGAUGUCGUUUCCUAUAAUAUUUUGAUGGAUGGAUAUGUGAAGGCCGGCCAAAUUGAGCACGCGCGCAACCUGUUCGACGGAAUGCCCGAAAGGGAUGUAGUCUCGUGGGGUACACUUUUGGCUGGAUACACGCGGAUGGGUGAAUUCGAGGCUGCAGUCAUGCUCUUUGACCGGAUGCUUGAGAUAGGAGAGAAGCCUGAUGAUGUUGCUUUGGUCUCUGUAUUGUCUUGCUGUGCUCAGUUAGGAAAGUUGGAUAUAGGAGAAGCCAUCCACGAGUACAUCAAAAACAACAGGGCUAAACUUAAUGUCUACCUUUCCACGGCCCUGGUCGACAUGUAUGCAAAGUGUGGUUGCGUUGGUGUUGCUUUAGAGAUUUUUGAGUCAACACCGUGGAAAAAUUUGUUCACAUGGAAUGCUAUUAUUGUCGGUCUAGCUAUGCAUGGUGAUGGUAAGAAGUCGCUCGAGUACUUCAAUAGGAUGAGUGAUGUUGGUGUUCAGCCGGAUGGAGUGACCUGCUUAGGCGUAUUGGUGGCUUGUAGCCAUGCAGGACUUGUUGAAAUGGCCCGGAGUUUCUUCAGUGAGAUGGAGAGUGGCUAUGGUGUUGAGCGUGAGCUCAAGCAUUAUGGUUCUAUGACAGAUUUACUUGGUCGAGCUGGGUUGAUCAAGGAAGCCAUGAAAAUGAUCGAAGGGAUGCCAAUGAAGGCCGAUGCAUAUGUUUGGGGAGGUGUCCUGGCAGGUUGUCGGAUACAUGGGAAUAUAGAGAUUGCGGAGAUUGCAGCAAAACAUCUACUGGAAUUGGAUCCAGAUAACAGUGGGAUAUUCUCGAUUAUGGCUGACAUAUAUGCUAAUAAUAGGAGAUGGGAGGAUGUCGGGAGGAUUAGGAAGUUGAUGAGUGAAAAGGGAGUGAAAAUGAAUGUUGCUUGUAGUUCAAUAUAGGUGAAUGAUGUCCAGCCAUGGAGUUAUAUUUGAGCCGGCUGGCUAGAUAAUUGUUGAGACUAGAGAGAACAAGUUAUGACUUAUGGUUAUAUAACUUGGUGGGUAGUCAAGUUAAUUUAUUGCAUGCUGACAAUACACAGAGCAACCAGCAGCAUAUUAUGGGAUGAGUGUAUCUGUUGAAGUUUUAGGGAAGAGUUUGGCAAGUUUUCUAUAAUUCUAUGGGUGCCUUCUAUUAUAGUAACACACCACAAGUUGACAGACGACAGUAAGCUUAGUAAGCAAUACAGUUGGUCGUCGCGAACAAGUAAGCCCUUCAUAACAAGCAUCUUCAUCAAAAAAUUUCUUUUACCAUGGUGAUGCAGUUUUAUGCAUUAAAUAAGCAGCAGUGCUAUUAAAGAGUAAGCUCUAAAUAUUAUGUUACUGAGCAAGUAUGCGUACUUUAUUAACAAAUAUGGUCAGGAAUAUUUUGGGAUUCUUAAUUCGACACACUACUCGUUGUUGUCCUUUUUCCGCAUCUGAACAGCUCAUGCACAGCAGCAACGUAGUAGAACCGAUGAUGCCACAACGUGGACUUGAUAGAUUAAACAAUUCUCUUUUGAAUUGUAAAGACCAUCUCGCGGAUUGAUGCGAAUCCAUCAUUCAGUUUUACUUUCGAGCAGUUCUUCGUCGGGUGCUCAUCGACAGCUAUCUUCUCUCAAAAGGCGCGUGGAACAGGGAGAGGACGAGCCGAAAAAGAAGGGAAGAAGCCCCCGGACGAUGAGCUUUUAAAAGGCUAAAGCAAAAGAAGCGAGUUGGCGCGCGUGCACCGCUGCUCCGCUUCCCUUUGGAUCGACGAUCUUAAAGCAAAAUAAAAUAAAGAAAAAGUAAGCAACUUUGAAGUUUAAACUUGUUGAUUAUUUAUUGGGCGAGCAAGCAACACUGUCACAGUAAGCAAUUUUGCUGCCAUCGACUGUGUCCAAUGCCCUAAAUUAAUCGACUGUCAUGCGAUAUGAUAUUAUAAUUUUAACGAUCUUCUUGAAAAUAGUUAAAUUUUGAGAGCCAUUUUGAUAAAAUCUCUUACAAAACAUAAUUCGAGAUUUAUAGCUGGAAGGAGCGAAAUUUAGUAGGACGACAGACAUAAAGGAGCUAUAUGUAAGAAUUAU